AUGGGUGGCGGAUUAUUAAAUAUUAAAAUUAGAAAUUCAUCAAAUCCUGAUAAUUAUGAACCGGAAACAAGAAAAUUAAGUGUUCCCUCAAAUAUCAAAUGGAAUGAUUUAGAAAAAGAGAUUCGAGCAUUAUUUUCCGAAAUAAAUUCAAAUGAUAUAAUUCAAUUAAAAUAUCGUGAUUUCGAAGGCGAUAUAAUUCAUAUUUCAACUGAUGGAGAACUUUCAAGUAUAUUAUGUACGUUAAAUGAAGAAGAAUCAAUGGUGAAAUUUGAUUUGGUUAUUAAAUCAAAACCCUUAGAAUCAUUAAAGUUUGAAAUAGAUGACGAAUUUGUUGAUAUCACUAAAAAUAUUUUGCAACAAUGGCUUAGUGAAAACUUGCCAAAUCUUAUUGAUAAAGUAACUCGAGAAGUU